AAAAAUCAUUGCAGUUCAAAAACUGCUUCUCUCUCUCUCUCUCUCUCUCUCUCUCUCUGCGAAAAUCUUACACAGCCGCCGGUAGCCCAUGCCCCGUGGAAAACUUAGAUAAUUAAUUAGUUAUUGGGUCCAACUUUCAAAAUUCAAAUCCAAAUUUCUCCGUGAAGAAAAUCUUAAUUUUGAGUAAGAGUGACACCGUGAAGAAUAAUAACGUUUUAUUGUCGUAGAGAAUAUCGCUGCCGCUGCGUUUGUUAAUCAAUGGCGUGGAGGAAUUUGGUAUCUCGGUUUUCUCUUCAGAAUUUCCGUGCCUUGUUUCAGCAGGACGGCAGAAUGAGGGAGGUGGAUCUCGGAGCACACACCAUUAGAUCUCAUGGAGCCAAAGUUGCAAGGAACCACAUGCACGACUGGCUUAUAUUACUUCUCCUUGUAGUGACAGAGAUCGUUCUAUACAUCAUCCAUCCAUUUUAUCGGUUCGUCGGAAAGGAUAUGAUGGAAGACCUUAAAUAUCCUUUCAAAGACAACACGGUGCCUACAUGGUCUGUGCCGUUGUAUGCAGUUCUGUUGCCCAUUGCUAUUUUUAUUUUCUUUUACAUUCGAAGGAAAGAUGUUUAUGAUUUGCACCACAGCAUUUUAGGCCUAUUAUUUUCUGUUUUGAUUACUGCUGUCAUCACGGAUGCAAUAAAAAAUGCUGUUGGUCGACCCCGGCCAGAUUUCUUCUGGCGUUGCUUUCCUGAUGGAAAGGAAUUCUAUGAUCAGUGGGGAGAUGUAAUAUGUCACGGUAAGGAAAGUGAUAUAAGGGAAGGACAUAAGAGUUUCCCAAGUGGUCAUACUUCAUGGUCUUUUGCUGGAUUAGGAUUUCUGUCUCUCUACUUAUCUGGCAAAAUCAAAGCAUUUGAUCACAGAGGGCAUGUGGCAAAAUUAUGCAUUAUUUUUUUGCCGCUACUUGCUGCAGCUCUUGUUGGCAUAUCACGGGUCGAUGACUACUGGCAUCAUUGGCAGGAUGUGUUUGUUGGAGCUAUUUUAGGGCUGGUAGUUUCAGCUUUUUGCUAUAUGCAGUUUUUCCCACCCCCAUAUAGUGAAGAAGGGUGGGGGCCUUAUGCGUAUUUUCAGGCACUUGAGGAGUCACAUUCUAAUACAAAUGCAGGGCAGACUGCAAAUGCACUCAAUAUGCAGGCCAUGGAUGUAGAAGUCGUGAGUUUACAACUCCGGCAAAACGGCAAUGAAUUUACAUCGUUGGAUGAAUUGGAAUCUGGAAGGAGGUGAACGUGUGUAUCUUGCGCUUUGAACAUAGGUGAUGUACAUAUCCGUUAUGAAAGAAACAAUAGAAAUUUAUAUUUGAGUUUA